AUCUGGUUUGUUUCCUACUUUUGUGUUCAAAUGUUUGUCUUUGCUGAUUCCAUUUUUGUUACUUUGAUGCAAACAUGAGGAAAAAAGAACACAACCCAUGAAUUGGUAGCAUAUAUGUAAUGAUUUCUCAUAUAAAAGGAACAAAGAGAUGUUUUGAGUAUAUUGGAGUUUGUUUUACUGUGGCUGUAUUGUUGUACUAGUUGAAUUUUUUUUAACUUAUUAACGAAUUAGCAUAGGGUUGUUUAGUUGAGGUGUUCAGAAAGUGAAACUUUCUACCAUUCAAGAACUUGUUUUUAUGUGGGUAAUUGCUAUUUAGCUAUUGUGUUACUGAAAAGCAUAUGUAUCUGGUUUGUUUUUUAUUUUUUGUAUUCGAAUGUUUGUCUUUGCUGCUUCCUUUUUUGUUAUUUGAUGCAAACAUGAGGAAAAGGAAAACAACCCAUGAAUUGGUAGCAUAUCUAUAUUGAUUUCUCAUAUAAAAGGGAUAAAAAGAUGUUUUGAGUAUGUUGGAAUUUGUUUUACUCUGGUUGUACUGUUGUACUACUUGAAAAAUUUAAAGUUGAGGUACAACAACAACAACAACAACAACAACAUACCAGUGAAAUCCCACAAUGUGAGGUCUGGGGAGGGUAAAGUGUACGCAGACCAUACCCCUAUCUCGGAAGACAGGGAGGCUGUUUCUGAAAGACCCUCGGCUCAAGAGAAAUCACAACGAGAAAGAAAAUAAGAUGGGGGGAGUGUUUCUAGGCAUGCCAGCAGCAUGGGCAGGUCAUAUGCAUGAAGCUGCCGACCACUAUACAACAAAAAUUGGUGGACUUCCUGAUUGGCCUAUUCCUCUUCCUUCAACAAGUGUUGAUCUUUUAAAAUGCAGUGCUUGUAAGAGCGAUUUGUGCCUUCUUGCACAGGUUUAUGCCCCAAUUUCAAAGAAAAGUUUGAACAUCGAAGAGCGUGUAAUCUAUGUUUUUGGCUGUUUGAUGCCAGAAUGUGGCAGAACUACUGACAGCUGGAGAGCUAUUAGAAUCCAAAAGGCUGUAAAUACUGAAGGUUUAAAGAGUCAAUCUUAUAAGGCUGUCGCCUCACCUGCAUCAGAUUCAAAGAAAGAAUGGAAGAAGGAUAUAUGGUCAUUGGACUCUUUGGAAGAGGAUGAUGAUGACGAUGACGAUGACGAUAACAUAGACCUUGCUGAGUUGGGUAGAGCACUUUCCGAAGCUGCAAGCAUGGCUUCUCACUCCAAGAAACAAAACCAUGGUCGUGAAUUAACUCCCAAAACUUCAUCCCCUGUCUGUGCAGCCCGAGUAGUUGAUAAGAGAUUACCAGUGAUUCCUUGCUUCUAUAUAUAUGCUGAGGAAGAGAAAUUUUCUAAGAAGGAUACUUCUGUCUGUUCAAAACACAUCCCAUCACCAAUCAAGGACCAUGAAAAUGAUCCUGAGACUCGAGAAGAAACAUGGGAGGUGGAAGAUUAUGAAUACGACAAGGCAUUGAAUGCUGACAGGGUUUACCUUAAGUUCAAAAAGCGAGUAGAUGCAUAUCCAGAACAAUGUUUCAGAUACUCAUAUGGGGGAAAGCCGCUUCUGGCUUCUGGAGAUGCUGGUGAUCCAGGGACGUGCAGGCUCUGUGGUGCAGCACGUCAUUAUGAAAUGCAGCUGAUGCCCCCAUUAUUAUAUUUUCUGCAGGAAGCAGUCAGCGAGAAAGAAAAACAUGCUUUGGAUAACUGGAAUUGGAUGACUUUAAUAGUCUUUACUUGCUCGCAGAACUGUUCAAAGGAUAACUCUAGCGACGAGGGCUGGAUUGUGGCUGAGGAAGCUGUUGUCGUACAAUAUGAAUAGCAUCGAUUAAAUAACCUAUGUUAUUUCGUAAGAUUUCGUGAUCUUAUGGUUUAUUUUCGUCAUUUUUUUUUAAUUUUUUUUUUCUUUUGAAGUAGAUUAGUAGCAGGGUUUGCAGUGAAUUGAGUCAAGGGUAGCUUUCUUUUUGCUUACAUUAUUUUUCGAGUUUGUUAUUGCUUAAAUGCUUGGUAUUAGUUAGUUAUGUCAUAUAAUUGAGAUGUAAAUUGUCAAAUGUGCCCAAUAUAUAUUCGGUAGGCAAUACAAUUA